AUGACCAUCAGCCAUCCCGAUCAUCUGCAAUCGCUGCCUUCUCUGCCACUGUUUCUCGAAGCUAAGAGACAGGCGCAAAAUGAUGGCAGUAAAACUGCAGUUAUUGAUAAAACGAAAGAAGAGCGCUUUACAUAUGGUCAAUUGCUUGUCGACGUAUCGCGACUUAAGCGCCAGAUCCUGGAUGCGUUGUCAGUGACAGAUUUGGACGAGAAACGAAUUGUAUUUCUGGCUCCAUCGGGCUAUGACUAUGUUGUCUGCCAAUGGGCAAUAUGGGCCGCUGGCGGCGUUUGUGUCCCGUUGUGCGUUUCUCACCCUGUAAAAGAGAUGCUCUAUGUAAUCUCCGACUCUGAUCCAUCACUGGUGAUAUUACACGACUAUUUCAGCCAUCGAAGGGAGCCGUUGGAGACAAACUGCCCCGAUGUGCAGUUUUUCGACCUGGCACCCUUCACUUCGUGUGGAUCGGGGUCAACAUUACUCCCUCCUUUUCACCCAGCGUUCAGCUCGUCUAGACGAGCCCUGAUAAUCUACACUUCUGGAACCACUGCAAACCCCAAAGGUUGCGUCACUACUCACAAGAAUAUCAUGUUCCAAUCAAACUGCUUGAUUGAAGCAUGGAAAUAUUCGUCGUCUGAUCACCUCAUACACGUUCUUCCAUUGCACCAUAUUCAUGGGAUCAUCAACGGCCUUGUAGCCGUCUUGUUGAGCGGCGCCACCGUUGAGAUGUACGCUCAUUUUGAUGCCGCAACCAUAUGGGAAAGGUGGUCCGGCGAGGCCUCCUCUACUAUGUUUAUGGCCGUCCCGACAGUUUAUGCCAAGCUUGUGGACUACUUUGAUACACAUAUCAAAUCCACGCCUCUAGAAGCUGCUGCUCGAACCGGAGCUAAUGCGCUGCGGUUGGUAGUCAGUGGCUCUGCCGCGCUGCCAACACCGAUAAGAAAGAGAUUCCUGGACAUCACCGGCCAAACCUUGUUGGAAAGGUACGGCAUGACUGAAAUUGGAAUGGGGCUCAGCUGCGGCUUGGAAGUACAUCAGAGGAUUGACGGAAGCGUUGGCUGGCCCCUGCCUGGCGUACAAGUUCGGCUCACUGACAGGGAUACCGGUCAGAUUAUUUCUCCCGGAUCCGACGAAGAUGGUAUGAUUGAGGUCAAGGGCGAGAAUGUGUUUUUGGAAUAUUGGAGACGACCCGAGGCUACGAAGACAGAAUUUACAUCCGACGGAUGGUUCAAGACAGGUGAUGUUGCCAAGGUAGACAACGACGGCGCCUACUUCAUCCAAGGCCGCGCCUCAGUGGACCUGAUCAAAUCUGGAGGUUACAAGAUUUCUGCGUUGGAAGUUGAAAGGCAGAUCCUAGCCCUAGAUGUCGUCCAAGAGGUUGCGGUUGUUGGGUUGCCUGAUAAUGAAUGGGGCCAACGUGUUGCUGCCGUUAUAAAACAGAGACCAGGGACAUCUCCAUUAGACCUGCAGUCUUUCCGAACACGGCUCAAGGAAGAACUGGCGCACUAUAAGGUUCCCACUGUCCUGAAAAUUGUCGACUCCAUUGAGAGAAAUGCGAUGGGCAAGGUAAAUAAGAAGGACCUCGUCAAGAAAUACUGGCCGAGUAAUUGA